AUGCAGAUCAAAGACAGCACCUUCAUCAUCACCGGCGGCGCCUCCGGCCUAGGUCUCGCGACCGUAGAAGAUCUCUACAGCAAUGGCGGCUACACCGCAAUCCUGGACAUGAACCCUGCAAACGGCGAGAAAGUCAUCAAAUCCCUCGGCGAACGAGCCAAGUUCUUCGAAGUCGACGUUACCGAAUCUGAAAGUCUAGAAAAAGCCAUCAAUGGAGCAGUCGAGUGGGCGAAGCAGAAUGGCAAGCCUGUUCGUGGUGUGAUGCCGUUUGCUGGUGUUGGUCUGCCGGGCAAGAUCAUCGACAAGAACUUGAACCCGAUUGCGAUGGAAAAGCUGGAUUUCGUGAUCGAUAUCAACCUGAGGGGAGUCCUGAACACGCUGAGAUUGGUCGUACCGCAUAUUGCCAAGAACGAUCCAGUCAACGAGGAUGGCGAGAGAGGUGUGAUCGUUAUGGUGUCAUCCACUUCGGCUUUCGAGGGACAAGUUGGCCAGCUGUCGUAUGUUGCGACAAAGGGCGCUAUUCGAAGCAUGACGCUCGUACUGGCACGAGAUUUGGCCCCGAACGGUAUACGCGCAUUGUCGGUCGCACCCAGUCUUUUCUCAACCGCGAUGUCUGCUCAAAUGUCGGACAAGGUGAGGAAGGCGCUGGAAAAUACUGCCGAGUUCCCGAAGCGGCUGGGCCACGCGAAAGAGUUUGCGCACAUGGUGCGAACGUGUGUCGAGAAUGGAUAUCUCAAUGGAGAGUGUAUCAGGAUAGAUGCUGCGACGAGGAUGCCGGCGAAGAUGUGA